CUUUUAUGUUGAAAUUAUAGUGUGACGUCAUUUAAAAUGGCUGAACUAGAUAUUGGAAAACAUUGUGAAAUUGAAUCUUGCAAACAAAAAGACUUUCUACCAUUCGUAUGCAGCAGCUGUUCUGGAGUGUUUUGUUUGGAACACAGAGGCCGGGACUCCCACUCUUGUCCAGAGGUGCUGGUGAAGAAAGAGAUUGGGUCUGGGGGAAGCAAAUCAUAUCCAUGUAGCUUUGAGGAUUGCAAAGGGAAAGAGCUGCUGCCUGUCAUCUGCCCACACUGUGGAAAACACUUCUGUCUCAUACAUCGACAUCAGGAUGACCAUAAGUGUGAGAAACUGGAGACUCCUAAGCCUCGCAUGGCUGCAACGCAGGAGCUGGUGCAGAAGAUAGUUGAGUCAAAGAAGAAUGCACCACCAAGUAAAGGCAGAAAAGGAGCAAAAAAUCCUGCAACUGCUGCAAAAGUUGCUCUGAUGAAGCUUAAAUUGCAUGCGUCAGGAGAUAAAGGCCUGCCACAGACAGAACGGACGUAUUUCCAGGUGUUUCUGCCAAAAGAAGCUAAAGACCCCAGUUUGCCCAUGUUCUUCUGCUCUAAGUGGAGUGUUGGCAAAGUAGUGGACUUUGCAGCAUCCCAGGCCAGUCUGAAAAACAGCAACAACGUGCUCACAGCUAAGAAGCUGCGUUUGUGUCACCCUGAGACGGGUGAAGCCUUUAAGAUGGACACUAGCCUCCAGUCACUGCUCUCCAAUACAGACUGUCCUCUGCACAACGGAGGCAACGUCAUUCUGGAGUAUCUGGAUAACGAGAGCUCUGGUCUGGAUGAUGUGACAGCCUAUAUAUCUUCCUCCUGAGAGAAAAUCUCAUAACCAUUCAGUAGAGUUUUAUGGUAAAAUAAUUUGAUGGCGUCAGAUUGGAUUAUGUCUAUUAUAAAUAUACAUGAUUUUCUUAUUUUUAAUAAAUGGGUCAAUGGU